UUCUCUUAUUUGUAGAUUCAAAAUCUGCAUCAGCCUUGUAUGUCCCUUAGUGAAACUUACGAUACGCGAUUCUUCGUGGGGAACCCCCUCUUCAACUGGAAGAAUGGCUUUUAAGCUUUCUUCCCGUAGCAUUCUCCUGGUUUUUGUGCUCGAAUGUAUUUUAUGCGACCUCGCGCUAGGCUUGUAUUUCCACAUUGGUGAGACGGAACGCAAGUGUUUCAUUGAAGAAAUUCCGGAUGAAACCACUGUAGUCGGAACUUACAAGGUGGAACUGUACGAUCCCCGAACCAAAGGCUUUAUGCCGUCCAAUCCGGGUGUUGGUAUGCAUGUUGAAGUCAGGGAUCCCGACGAUCGCCCGAUUCUUUCGAAAGUUUACUCUGCUGAAGGACGGUUCAGCUUUGUUUCACAUGACCCUGGCGAGCAUGUGAUAUGUUUGUAUUCCAACUCGACUAAGUGGUUCUCCGGAUCUCAAUUGCGUGUGCAUUUGGACAUUCAAGUUGGUGAACACGCAAUCGAUUAUGCUCAAAUAGCGCAAAAGGAAAAGCUUUCUGAACUGCAACUUCGUCUUCGUCAACUUAUGGAUCAAGUGGAACAAAUUACAAAGGAGCAGAAUUAUCAGAGGUAUCGAGAAGAGCGGUUCCGUCAGACGAGUGAAUCCACGAAUCAGCGUGUUCUUUGGUGGUCCAUCAGUCAAGUUGCGAUCUUGCUAAUCGUUGGAUUUUGGCAGAUGAGACAUCUGAAAUCUUUCUUCCAAGCGAAAAAGCUUAAAACUGGCGAAUUAAAAGAAGGGAAAAGGUUCUCGCGGCUCACGAAAGAUGCAUUGGUGCAACUAUUCUCACCGCUCGUUACCACUCAGCGUGUUAUGGGAUUGCAUCUGCGCAAUCCAUACACCUACGUCAAAUGUCCGGGAUCCGUGGGACUCGCAUUUGAAGAACUAUUUAAUUGCACCAUCAUUUGUGUUGGUGACGAGUCGGAAGACGAUCUGAAGAGGAAAGCCACUGUCACACGCAAUAUUCUCGAGUUUUUAUUUGGUCCAUCCUUCGAAACUUUGAGAAAGGAAUACCAAGUCACUGAGAUCUUGGAAUCAAUGCUGAAUACGUGGGACGAGCUGAGGAAUUCAUUCGUUGGAUUCCUCAUCGAAGCUAUGGAGCGAUGUCAGAUUACACCUGCUGCUAAUAGAGUUGUUGUCGAUGUUCUUCACAAGGCAUUGAAAAGCUUGGGGGAGAAUGCCCCACUGUCCGUUAAGCCAAAUCAUGCUAUUCUUCUCACCGGAGCAAAGCUUGUUGCCUUGUAUUCCAGAAAAGGAGAAGAGGAUCUAUGCGCUUCUGAUAUGCUUUUGACGACUCUGUUAGUUACGGCGCACCGGAGGCGUCCCGACAUUGACAAAGAUGCCCCAAUGGCCCGUAUUGUGAUGCUUCACGAUGCUAUUUGUGGCGAAAGAAGCGUUCCCAGAUUCGUAUAUGCGUGUCCUGUUUUCGGAGAAGUCAUUUUAGUUACAAUAUGUGAAACGAAAAAGGACGAACUGGCUUCUAACGUAGUUUCUACCUUGAGAGCACUAGAUGCAGUGCUCAAAACAAAAGUUAUCGCCCCAGCUUUUGAUCUUGGUGCAGAAGUUGAGAAAAUUUUGUUGCUUGCCAAAAAGUUAGGAACUCCUUCACCAGAGUUGGUUAGAUUUCAGCGAAAUCUUGCCGCGCAGUGGGAGACUGCAAAGAAGAACGGCUUUGAUGCGUUUACGAGAGAUUAUUGUGCAGCUUGUGUUUUGAGAACGAAACAGAGUGGAUCAAAAGAGCAAUCUCCACAGUCUCAGGAAAGAGAAUCUUCUCAGGCUUCUCUCAAGAAUAGACUCGUGAAAUACGAAUCGCUCUUGGCCGUUAUCGUCCAUACUCUUCAAGAAUGUUUCGGCCUGUGUUGUCUGGAUGAUCAUGAAUUGCAAGAUGGAGUAGAUUCCCUCCAAGAAUUUGUGGCGAGAAAAGCAAGAUUACAGCUUGGGGAUUUUGCAGAUUUUCUGUGCGUCAAAGCAUCGCUCAACAUUGAUUUGGUCGCGUUCCUAGAAGAAUUCCCUUCGCUUGUACACUUCGUGUUUGUUGAUCGUCGUUCGAAUCAAGCGAUUUGUCCAGGGCACGGCAGUGAAAAUGCAUAUGGAUGUUCAGCGUUUCCCUGGGCAAAAAUUGAAAAUGCUGUGACCCUCGUUCGGACGCAUUUGAGUCGAGGAAAUCAUACGAUCAUAUGGCGGGAUAAGAGCUACGUGUAUUCAUACCAUCUGUGGUUUGAAAAUGUUUCGGGAGACGCUUUGCUGCCUCGUCGCGAGAGUAAAAAUUUCGCAUCACUGUUGCCAUAUCCCGGGGUCAUAGGCGUCAAUUUUUUUAGCGUACUCGCGAGAGAAAGCUUUUCAACGUCCCGUGCAUCUGUACCGUCGCAUUCAGCGUCGUCCGCGACGCCUGCUUCAUCCAUCAGAGCUCCUCGUGUAAUCGUGAAAGAGUUGUACUGCUGGUUUGUGUCAUCCGGAAGCACUGGCUUAUUCGCCGAUCAAGUUAUUGCACAAGCACAGAAGGUUUCAGAAUGCCUUCCGAAUCUCCUGACUCCGUCUGCGACCACUGUCGAUUUCUUGUGAAUUCUAAAGUUUGAUAAUGUUUGCAGCACGAUAGCUUGAACUGAUUGUGAUAUAGCGCUUGAAGCUCGCUUCUUUUUGUCGUCUGCGGAAGUGUAUUGAAUAUUCACAUUCCUGCGCUUUACGCAUUGAGUUGAUGUUAUAGUGGCGAGACUGUUUUAGAAAUCGGGUGCAAUUGGCAAAUUUCAACGGGAGUGCUUUUAUUGGCAUGAAAUGGAUGUGAAGUAAAGAGGAUUAUUUGAUGGUCGUUUUA